UAUACAAAGAUCAUUUUAUCAACAUAGAUUGCAAACUGCGGACAGAUUUUCUCCUUUCGCGGCAAUGUGAAUUGGAUACCUACUAUUACAUUAUAGUGCUUGUGAUAAUUGAAGUAUUCGUUUGAGAGUGAUUCAUAGAAAAUGGCUUUGUUAACGCCAUACUGGGGACUGGAUGGCAUCCUCAUCCUAUCGUCCCUAAUGGUUUGCGCUUAUCUGUUCGUGACUCGGAAAUUCAACUACUGGUCGAAACGAGGCGUGAAAGAGCUUGCACCCACGCCCUUCGUAGGCAACUUCAUGGACUGUAUUCUGUCAAGAACAUCAGCCUCAGAAUUUGUCAGGGACCUAUACAAUUACGGCGAAGGUUUACCUUUCUUGGGAUUCUACAUCUUCGACAAACCUUACCUCUUAGUUCGCGAUCCAGAACUCGUGAAGCACGUCCUAGUGAGGGACUUCAACUAUUUCGCUGAUAGAUACGCGACUGCAGAUGAGAAAAAUGAUCGUCUUGGAUAUGCAAAUGUGUUCAUGAUGAAAAAUCCAGAAUGGAAAUCUCUCAGAACAAAAUUAACACCGAUUUUUACCUCGGGCAAGUUGAAGAAAAUGUUCGAGUUAAUGUCGGUAGUCGCUGACGAUCUUGGAAAGCAUCUCGAUUCGUUGCAUUUGGAGGGCGAAGGAAAAGUAAUCGAGUUCAAGGAUAUUUGCGCGAAUUUUACCACCGAUAUGAUCGGUAGCACUGCGUUUGGCUUAAAAGUAGAUUCGUUGGAGAAUCCAAAAGCACCGUUUCGUGAAUAUGGCAGGAAGAUCUUCGAUUAUGAUUUCUAUCGUAACAUGGAAUUCCUUACUAUAUUCUUUUUUCCUGGAUUAGUCAAGUACCUUAAACCGAAGUUCUUUGGAAAAAAAGCGACUAACUUCCUCCGAUCUCUUUUCUGGGAUGUGAUUGAACAGCGAAUCAGUUCGGGUCAAAAGAGGAAUGAUCUCAUCGAUUUGCUGAUCGAGAUGAGGGAGAAAUACAGGAACGACGAAAGUCUGAAGGAUUACAAAUUCGAGGGUGACGAUUUAGUAUCACAAGCAGCCAUAUUUUUUACUGGUGGUUUCGAAACAUCUUCUAGUACCAUGUCUUUCACACUGCACGAACUUGCAAUGAACCCAGAUGUACAGAAGACACUUAGGGCAGAGAUUCGCGAUGCUCUGGCGAAAACUGAUGGCAAAAUCACAUACGAUAUGGUUAUGACGUUACCAUAUCUCGAUAUGGUUAUUUCGGAAACUCUUCGUAAAUAUCCACCUCUAGCAUUCUUGGAUCGAGUCACUCUUGCCGAUUACAAAAUGCCUAAUUCCGAUCUGGUGCUAGAGAAAGGUACCCCAAUAUUCAUUUCGAUGAUGGGUUCGCACUACGAUCCGCGGUAUUUUCCAAAUCCGGAGAAAUACGAUCCACUCCGAUUUACCGAGGAAGCCAAAAAUGCCAGGCCAAAUUUCGUCUACUUUCCCUUUGGUGAGGGGCCCCACGUCUGCAUUGGUAUGCGAUUGGGACUCAUGCAAUCCAAACUUGGAGUCAUACAAGUAUUGAAGGACUACGAAGUUUCGCCUUGUGAAAAAACCAAAACUCCGGUGGUUCUAGAUCCUAAAGCACUCACCACGACAGCUUUAGGAGGAUUAUAUCUCAACAUUACAAAGAGUACCACUGCUGCUGGUUAAACGAAGUUAAAGCUUUAUGAAUCGCAUUGUGCAUUCCAAUCUUCUGCUUUGCUUGUGAUAAUUUAUAUAUAUUUUACUAUUGGCGAAGCUCAACGAAUGUCAUAGCGAUUUCAUUCUCGGGAGAAAUGAAUAUUUAGAUGUCAAACAUAAUUUAAAAUCGUAAUCUUAAAUACUUGAAAAUUGUGAUUUCAAAUAUGUGAAAAUAACGAAACUGAUUUAGUAUUAAAUAAUAUUAAAUAAUCCGAAAUCCUGUUUCUGUAGAUUUUUUGUAUUGUGAUGGGAAGGAAGCAUAUUGCAUGCAGAGGAAAUAGAGUUCUCUAUCACUUACGUUGUCACGUAUACGUAUUUGAUUAAUUCAAUUAUUUU